UGAAAAGUUCUUCAGACCUUUUACAUAUUGCGAUAUCAAGCGUAUUUUAUAUUAUUUUCUGCACAAUUUACAAGUAUCAUAAAUUACAACGAAGGAAAUAGCACUUAACAUACGCGUAAAAUUGUAAGAAUUAUGGCUACUUGGGAUGGUUCUUAUUCGGGACCAGAUGAUCAAAAUUAUUAUGUAUAUUCUGACCAAAAUGCUCCUGGACCCGCAACAGGAAACUGGACAUUGUUUCGUGAUAAUAUAAAUAAUGAUUAUCUACAAUCUAAUCGUGAGUUCUAUGUACAAAAUGAACCCAUAUUUGAACAGAGUAACCCAAAUACUUUUUAUCAUUCAAACACAAAUGUUAUGCCAAAUUUAUUGUCCACAACUAAUAGUUACCAUGGGCAUGUAACAAAUCCCGUAGGUAACACUCCAAUGUUAAACAGUCCGGAGUAUUUUCAAAAUGUUAAUAAAUCUCAAGAAUGUUAUGUAUCCGAAAAUUGUUGGGAAUAUGAUUAUGAUUUGUUAAAGCAUAAGAUUAAACACGAUCCUGUGAAGAAAGUUAAAGAAUCUUCAAGCAAUAUAAUGAAUCAUUCAAAAUUGCAUGUCAUGGCAGAAGAAUUUGUGCCAAAUAAUAGAGAAUAUGGUGAUAAAUAUAAAAAUAAUGAAUUACAAAAUGCAAAUCCCAUUAAUGAUACAGAUUCUUGUAUGAAGGAUAAUGGUAAAAUGUCAGAUAAACAUUUUUUUUGUAAUACAAGUAGACAUAAAAGGAAGUACAAUAAUAAAAAAAGUUGUAAUUAUAAACCUAAAGAAGGACAAGAUCAGUUUUACAGAAAAAAUGCAUAUGCAAAUACCUAUCAACAACAAGUCAAAAUUUCUCAUAAACUUCAAGGUAACAAAUACUUUGCUGAUAAAUAUCAUUCAGGAAAAUCACAAGCAAAUUCAAAAUGCAUAAAUGAAGAUGCAGUCGAUAAAAGUACAAUAGAUAAUAAUGUUGCUAGUAAUAGUAAAACAGUUUCUAUAACAAAUUUAAGCAAAGGAGAAUCAUCUUUAAAUAUGAAUAUAAAUUCAAAUAAAAAUAAAGACUUAUCAAAUGAUGGUAAAGAUGAAACGACUAUUGAUGUUGAUAAUAAUGUACAAGAUAAUGUACAACAAUUCAAUAAUAUGACUAAAGAAUUUACUUAUUACAAUUCUGGCCUAAAGCAGAAUUACAAUAAUCACAGAAGUAUAAGGAAAUAUCAAUAUAAUGAUAGAUAUAACAGAGAUGGGAAUUCUUAUAAAGAAAAGCGACAUCACCAGAGAUACAAUAGAGAAAAUUACAGCAAAGAAGAUAAAUUUAAAUUAAAAGAUCAAACAUGUAACAAUAAUGGAGAAUGUAAUGAAUUGAAAGAAUGUUCUAAUGAAGAAAUGGGACUAGAAACAAAAGAAGCAAAAGAAAGAAGAUGUAAUUAUCAAGGAUAUAAUGGAUUUAAAGAACAUAACAAGGAAAGUAAAAUAGAAAUUUUUAAAGAAAAAGAUAAGGGUAGACAUUAUGUAUUUCAAAACAAAGAGAAAGGAAAUGAACAUUGGAGAAAUAAAAGAGAAACUAGCGAAAGAAAUAAUGUCCAGAAAUGGGGACAAAAUAAAAAGUCACCAAUUGAUGAUGAUGCAAGUCAAAGAGAAAGAUUAACAGAACAACUAAAUAGGGGACAAUUAGAAUGCUUAGUAUGUUGUGAAUAUAUUAAACAAAAUGACUAUAUUUGGUCAUGUUCUAAUUGUUACCAUGUGUUACACUUAAAAUGUAUUAAAAAGUGGGCAAAGUCAUCGCAAGCUGAAAAUGGAUGGAGAUGUCCAGCAUGUCAAAAUGUUAAUUUAAUAAUUCCUGAGAAUUAUUUUUGUUUUUGUGGAAAAACAAAAGCACCUGAAUGGAAUCAUAGAGAUAUUGCCCACUCAUGUGGCGAGAUUUGUGGUAGAACAUUAUCAAAAAAUAAUUGUCCUCAUAAAUGCACUCUUUUAUGUCAUCCAGGCUCUUGCCCACAGUGUACAGCAAUGGUAACAAAGUAUUGUGGAUGUGGUAAAACUUUACAAACAGUACAAUGCAGUAUUCAUAAAUUAUUGUUGUGUGACUCUAUAUGUGGUAAAGAUCUAAAUUGUGGUAGACAUAAAUGUCAAAAUAAAUGCCAUCAUGGGGAAUGUGCAAAUUGUGAAGAAAUAAUAACACAAAAAUGUUAUUGUGGUAAACAUACAAGGGAAGUAACAUGUCAGAGUAAUAUUUUGUUUACAUAUUCUUGUGAAACUAUUUGUGGUAAAUUGUUAGAAUGUGGUAAUCACACCUGUACAAAAUUAUGUCACCCAGAUGCUUGUGAACCUUGUUCUUUAAUUCCUGAGAAAAUUACAACUUGCUGUUGCGGACAAACUCCAUUAACAGAAAAAAGACAAACUUGCUUAGAUCCAAUUCCUACCUGUGACAAAAUAUGUUCAAAAAAUUUAAAAUGUGGACAACCUAAUAAUCCACAUAAAUGCAAAGUGAAGUGUCAUGAAGGAGAUUGCCCUGUUUGUGAUUUAACUACUGAUGUCAAAUGCCGCUGCGGAAACAUGGAUAGAGAAAUAGCUUGUAAAGAUUUGAUAUCAAAAGCUGAUGAUGCACGAUGUGAAAAGAAGUGCAUAAAGAAAAGAUCUUGUGGCAAACAUAGAUGUAAUCAAUUAUGUUGUAUAGAGAUAGAACAUAUUUGUCCAAUGAUUUGUUCAAAAACUUUAAGCUGUGGUAGGCAUAAAUGUGAACAAAGUUGUCACAAAGGUAGAUGUCAACCUUGUUGGCAUAGUAGCUUUGACGAAUUAUACUGUGAAUGUGGAACUUCUGUGAUAUAUCCUCCUGUUCCUUGUGGAACAAGAAGACCUACAUGUGACAAACCUUGUUCUCGUCAGCACUCUUGUGGUCAUGAAGUAUUGCAUAAUUGUCACAGUGAAUCAAUCUGCCCACCUUGUACUGUUCUUACACAAAGAUGGUGUCAUGGCAAACAUGAACUACGUAAAGCUGUGCCAUGCUAUGUUAAUGAAAUUUCAUGUGGUUUAUCAUGUAAUAAACCCAUAUCUUGUGGUAGGCAUAAGUGCAUUACUAUUUGUCAUCCUGGACCAUGUGAGAAACCAGGACAACAGUGUUCUCAGCCUUGCACUGCUCAAAGAGAAAUGUGUGGACAUAUUUGUGCUGCUCCAUGUCAUGAGGGUAAAUGCCCAGAUAUACCUUGCAAGGAAAUGGUUAAGGUGACAUGUCAAUGCGGGCAUAGGACUAUGUCUCGUGUUUGUGCCGAAAAUUCCAAAGAAUAUCAAAGAAUAGCAAGUAGUAUAUUAGCUAGUAAAAUGGCUGAUAUGCAAUUAGGUCAUUCCAUUAAUUUGGAAGAAGUGUUUGGUCAAGGAGCAAAGAAGCAGAAUCAAUUAAAAACUUUAGAAUGCAAUGAUGAAUGUAAAAUAAUAGAACGUAAUAGAAGAUUGACAUUAGGUUUGCAAAUUGCAAAUCCAGAUUUAAGUGGAAAAUUAAUACCCAGAUACAGUGAUUUUAUGAAACAAUGGGCUAAAAAGGAUGCACAUUUUUGUCAAAUGGUUCAUGAUAAAUUGACAGAAUUAGUCCAAUUAGCGAAGACCUCUAAACAAAAAUCACGUAGUUAUUCUUUUGAUAGCAUGAACAAGGAAAAACGUCACUUCAUUCACGAGUCCUGUGAAUAUUUUGGUUGUAAAAGUCAGGCAUAUGAUCAGGAGCCAAAAAGAAAUGUCGUUGUAACUGCUGUAAAGGACAAGUGUUGGUUACCUAGUUAUAGUCUAUUAGAGAUUGUACAACGAGAAAAUGGUCAGAGAAAAGUUCCAGGUCCAAUGUUAAACACUACAAAAACUGAUGGAUCUGUGAAGACAAUAUUAUCACUGCCCGUGAAAAAAACUCAAAAACCAGAAAUACCAGCAAGUAUAAAAAUAUCAGAACCGGAAAUAGAUUAUUUCGAUUUUCAAGGUUAAAAUUAUUAUCCCUGUAUUAUGUAAAGUCGAACAAGUUAUCGUAACGACAGACUUUGAAAUGUGGCCGCAGCAACAGGCUUUGCUUAUAGAACAAGCCGAUUCGCACCCCUUCUCCAAUUCACGAAUACCCACGGUCUCAUCCGUUUCUCUCACCCUCUACUAGGAAUAUUGAUUUUACACAAAAGGGGAUGGAGGGAGAAUUCAGACCAUCCUAAGCUUUA